CUUUUAAGCUCUCGUAUUAAACUCAACCAGGGUUUACAGUUGACAGCAGCGCGAAUUAUCGCUGCGCGGUCAGGACGCAGACUCAUACACCCGCAACGCCUGAGACAGCAGAAAUGAUCCCAGAGAUGCUUGACCUCGCGGCCAUCCGCGCCGCGUACGCCAGCGGGAAAUGCACGCCCACGAUGCUGAUCAAGGCGACGUACCCCAAGCUCGCCGCUGCUCCUGGCGUCUUCCUGCACCUGCCUCCCCUCGACCAGCUUUUGGAGCGGUGCGCGGAGCUGGAGGCCCAGCCCGAAUCCUCGAGGGGCAGCCUGUGGGGCGUCCCGUUUGCGUUGAAGGACAAUGUGGACAUCGUUGGCAUGCCCACGACGGCGGCAUGCCCCGCCUUCAGCUACAUGCCCAAGCGGUCCAGCCCCGCAGUGGACAAGCUACUUGAAGCGGGCGGUAUCGCGGUGGGCAAGACCAACAUGGACCAGUUCGCAGCUGGUCUGGUCGGAACGCGCUCCCCCUCUUCCGCCGUGCCCUCCACCCCCUUCGACCCCCGGUUCAUCUCUGGUGGUAGCAGCAGCGGCUCCGCGGCGGCGGUGGGCGCCGGCCUGGUGUGUUUCGCGCUCGGCACGGACACUGCUGGAUCUGGCCGCGUGCCGGCGGGCCUGUGCGGCUGCGUGGGCGUGAAGCCGACUGUAGGCAGCGUGUCGACCGUUGGUGUGGUGCCGGCCUGCGCCUCUCUGGACUGCCUCACGGUCUUCACCGCCAGCGUGGCGGAUGGCGCGGAGGUGAUGGGCCUGAUGCGCCAGGGCGCGGCGGGGCCGGAGGACGUGUGGCGCCGCCCGCCGCCGCCGCUGUCGCCCGCCUCCGAGCCGCCCGCCGCCGGCUUCCGGUUCGCCGUGCCCAGCCCCAAGCAGCUGGACUGGGCUGGACCGGGCGGCGAGGCGAUGGCGGCCGCCUGCUCCGCCGCCUUCAGCGCCGCUGUGGAGCGACUCACCGCGGCCGGCGGCGUGCAGGUGCACGACUUUGACUUUGAGCCGCUGAUGGCGGUGGCGGCGAUGUUGUACGGCACCUCCUUUGUGGCGGAGCGGUACAGCGGCAUCCGCGCCUUCCUGGAGGCCCCCGGCGGCGCGGCGGCGGCGGUGGCGGGCAAGGGCGGCGCGGCCGCCAGCGACGUGCAGGCGGCGGUGAUUGGGGACGAGCGGCUGCUGCCUGUGACGCGGCACAUCAUCGCGGGGGCAGCCAAGUUCUCCGCUGCCGACGUGUACAACCACAUGGCGGCGAUGGCGGUGCUGCGGGCUCGUGCGCUGGACGCGUUGGCGCGCGUGGACGUACUGCUGGUGCCCACGGCGCUCACGCACUGGACGCAGGCUGAGGUGCUGGAGGAGGAGGCUGCCUCCACGCCCACCUGGAGCCGCAACGCCAAGCUGGGCCGCUUCACCAACUUCGUCAACCUGCUGGACAUGUGCGGCAUCGCCCUGCCCUCCGGCCUGGUGGCGUACGACGCGGCCGUGCUGGCCGAGGGCGCAAGCGAGGAGGAGCGCAAGCGCGCCGCGCACCUGGCCGCCACGGGGCCCACCGCGGUGACGCUGCCGUUCGGUGUGACGCUGCUCGCCAAGGCCUGGCGCGACGACUGGCUGUGGGGCGUGGCUGCGAAGAUGGAGGCGGCGGCGGGGCUGCGCUGCGGGCCGGCAGGGCACGGCGUCAUGCCGGCAGCCGGCAAGUGAGGAGUUGCUUGCCGGCUUUGGCUUGCCGGCUUAGCUCGCCGGUAUUUCUGGUUGGUGUGGGGCUGAGGGGCGUGAGCGAAAUGGUUUUGGGGGAAGGCAGGAGCGACAGCGCAUGCGGAGAGAGGCUUGUGGUGGAAGGAUGUGAGCGACGAUACUGUGUGGGAGAGUGUCAGCGAUCAGGAGCGAGCGGGAGGCUGUUGAGUUGAGCGGAGACGAUCGUAGGUGUGGUGACUAGGCGUAUGGAUCUUCAGUCUUGUCGCCGGGGAGUGCUGGGGGAUGGCGGCGCACACGCAGCUUACGUGGGGGUGACCAUACUGGUAUACUACCGAACUAGUCCGAGCAGGCUUGACAGUGUAUCGCCAACAUGAAUAGAAGGCAUAGAAACACACUGAGACAAUCUGUGAGGCCAUGACGAAGGGGGGUUAUUGACACGUACGCCAGGCAACCGUGGUAUGGGCGGCAUUUGCCAUUCUUGCUCAAAUGCGCCUUUGCAACCAAGCACCUUUGGACUCAGAAGUUAAUUGACGUUACAAGUUCAUGAUUGUAGAUUGGUCCAAACGAGCCAGGAAGCUAAUAGCACCGGGCUCAGGAGUUAGUUGGGCAUGGACUUCGACUCAUGUUCGAA